AUGAAGCUCCUCCAAGCUCUCCUCCUCGCAUCCGCCACACUGGCCGUAGCUUCCUGCAGCGCCCUCGCCGCCCCAAUGCCUUCACCAUCGCCUUCGCCGUUGAUGCUCCCCACGUACGGACCGUCGAAGCCCCAGACUCCAACAGCGCCUGUGCUGAAGAAGGAGGGGACGAGCGUGCCACAGCCAGCCGGAGCAGGAGGUGGAGCUGGAGCUGGUAAGGAGGGGACGCUUGCCCCUACCGGGGAGAAGAAAGAGGAGGGCAAAGAGGAGAAGCCAGAGGGUCUACCCGCCCAGAAGGAGGAAGGCACCGGUCUUGGCGCUGGAGCUGGUCCUGAGGGAGCUCCCACUCCUGGUCCUAGCCCACUUGACGCACUUCAUUCAGACGGCCCCUCACCCGCCAACGGUCCUGAUGACGCUCCUGGCGCCGGCGAUGGGGACGGUGAUGCUCCUACCCGUCGUUCGCGCUCCACCGGCCGCGAACCUAAGCGUUUGGUCACGAUGACGUCCCUGGCCCGCCCGCCUCCUCCUCUCUGGGUCAAGCGCCCCAAUUACUACUAG